ACUGUGCGGUCCGUUCAGUUCUUGUUGCUCCUCAAAUCUGGAUUUAGUUGCCGGAAAAAAAAACCAUCGCCAAACAACCUUGCAACUAUGUGUCGUUCAAUGGGAUGGAUUACCCUGCUGCUUGGCCUACUGUGCAUCGUUUCGCAAACAGGUGGACAGGAAAACCAUUUAACGUGUGGUAAACGUAAGGUAGUGUCGCAAUAUCUCAUCCACAAUGGCAUCGACGCUAAGGCUGGACACUGGCCGUGGCACGUGGCCCUUUUCCAUCGAAAGGAUGGACAGUACGAAUACGCCUGCGGUGGUUCCAUCCUGGUUGAGAACACUAUUCUUACAGCAUCUCAUUGUGUGUAUACCCAAAGCGGUGUGAUUUCGAUAUCGCGAGUGUCGGUGGAUGUGGGACGAAUUCAUCUCAACGAAACAAGCGAAUACACACAGACGCACCGUGUGCGAGAGAUAAUAGUUCAUCCGGGAUUUAGCAAAAACAGUAUCGUCAACGAUAUUGCUCUCAUCAAGCUGAUCACCAAUAUUACCAUGAACAAGUACGUGCAACCGGUCUGUCUGUGGACCAUGGACAGCAAUCAGGAGUUGAUCGUGGGUAGAAACGGAACUAUCGUUGGAUUUGGUCUGAAUGAACAGGACGUUGUGUCGGAUCAGCUGAAACAGGCAUUGAUUGGUGUGGUGGAUCCGUUGAGUUGCAUUGCAAGCGAUCGGGGGGUGUUUGGAACUCACCUGACGUCGGACAUGUUUUGUGGCAAAGGGCAGAAGGGUGUGAGCGCGUGCAAUGGCGAUAGCGGUGGCGGAAUGUUCUUCGAGAUCGGUGGUAAAUGGUUCGUGAGGGGUUUGGUGUCGUUCAUACCCCUGGGUAGCAGUACCGAGCAGUGUGAUUCGCUUAAGAACACAGCCUACACUGAUGUGGCCAAGUAUCUGGACUGGAUUAAACCAUACAUUGAUCAGCGAGUGCUUUCGUACGAUAGUGACGUGCUGAAUAUAGACUAUGUGGAGAAGCUAAGGCUGUUCAACUUCCAAACGUGCGGCAUGAAAUCAUCAUCAUAUGUUAAGAAUGGUACCAGUUGGACACUGCCAUGGCUUGGAUUCGUCGGACCAUGGUACGAUUUAAAUUCUGGGUGUACAAUUACGCUCAUUAGCGAGUGGUAUGCGGUUGGACCUGCACAUUGUAUGAGCACCAAUAGUGUCGAUUCGAUCGUUAUCUUCGGUAGCGACAUACAUCAGUCAAAGACGGAAUGCUUCGAUCGCAGUGGGACGAUCGUAUGUACCCUUCCUUCACAAGCACGGCGUAUUAAACGAAUCAUCGAGCACCAAAAGUUCGGGUGGAACAGUUAUGAAAAUAAUAUUGCACUGAUCGAGUUAUACAGCCCCGUAGACACCACGCAGCCGAAUGUGAAGCCUAUCUGUAUGCCCGUAACGUCUGAGCUGCGAACGAACGCCAAGACUAACUUACACGUGGCGAUGAAUACAAGCGAAGAAGCUUCAUACACGCACAAAAACUCUCCCGUUCGUUAUAUCGAGUCGGUAGAGUGUGUGAGACGGUACUCAGAACACAAGAUUGAAUUAAAUCUGGAAAACAACCGGUUCUGUACAGAGGUAGCAGAGCAACAGGACGUUCAUAAUUGUACUUCUUUUCAAGCGGGGGCACCGCUUCAGGAAAUGAAGAUGUUGAACGGAACGGAGCGAUACUUUUUGCGAGGAGUUGAGCUACAUGGGUGGGCCUGUGAUUUACAGGCACCGGCAAUUUACUUCGAUGUGGAAGCUUAUCUUGACUGGGUACUGUACAACAUGAGGGAGAACGUGCUAGAUACAAUGGAUGUGUUUGAAGCUGUUAAUAAGAAUCAAACGCUCGAGUUGGAAUGGAGCAAGUUGCAGCAGCAGCCGGGAAAGGAACGGUUGUAUCUGUUCAAUAUGGACACCUGUGGUUUAGCCACCGAUGGUUUAGAGAUAUAUAAAGAUUCAACGGCCCUUCCUUGGAACGGGAUCAUUAUGAAUGAUGCAAAUUUCACCGGUGAGGUUCCUUCGGCGCGAAGCAUGGUAGUGCUCAUAAGCGAAUGGUAUGCUUUGGCCCCAAGGCGUAGUAUAGCGAACGAUGUAACUUGGCGAUAUAUUAUGCUUGGAAAGAACACUCCAUUUGAACUCAACGACUGCAUCACUAGCCAAUGCAAAACACAGCAGCUGGUGGAGAUCAGGAACAUUAUCAUUCCACCACCCAACCAUCCGAGACAGACGUUUGCACUGAUAGAGCUUCUGGAGCCUGCGAAUCUAAUGAAUCCCUACAUCAGGCCAAUCUGUUUGCCCCUAAUGGAUCAGUUGCAGCAUCAUAAACCCACAGAGGUUGGGAUAUCAAUUAAUCUUGGUGUUGCAACAGUGAACCGGAAGCUAGCAGUGAUUGACAACCCUUCCUGCCGGUAUGGACUACGGCAGGAGAGUUAUUUCAUCGACUUUAACGAGGAUUCUCGACGGUGUGCAAUCGAGAUGACGAUUGAGUACACACAGAUGCCUGUACCUUCCGUCUUGGGCAGUCCCUUAAUGAUGCCCGUACCGUACGGAGGAAGUACGCGCUAUUUUCUGUACGGUAUGGAUAAUAAUGUGCCUGGUGAAUACAAUAGAUCAGUCUUUGGUCCGUAUUUGUUUGACACUGUUGAGUCGGCCGAUCUCGAAUGGGUAGUAGAGAAUGUACGGGAGCAAGAACGUCCGACGUCACUUCCCAGCACAUUGGCGAAUGGACGUGGGAACUUGAAGCCUGUACAGCAAGCUUCCAAGAGUAGUUUAUUCAACUUUAACAUGUGCGGUGAAUCAUCCAGCAACUUUCCCAUGCCAUGGGUUGGGAAACGCCUCUCAAAUGCUCCAUUUUUUAACGAAAGUAGUUGCUUGGUUACGCUGAUAAGCGACUGGUAUGUGGUUGGUCCAGCAGAUUGUUUCGAAGAAGAUAGUCAAAAGUUCGUUUUAGUGUUCGGAGAUACCAAUGCAACAGCCUUCAAAGAGUGUUUUAAGACCAAAAACUAUGAAUCAUGCAUUCAUACAACUCAGCGAGUUUCGAUCCAGAAGGUCUUUCUGCAUCCAAAGUAUAACCAAACGAAUCGUGCCAAUGAUAUUGCAUUGAUUCAACUGGCCACUCCUGUCGAUACAAGUCGUCCGAAUGUGAGGCCCAUCUGCUUACCGAUCAUCGAUACGAGUCGCAGUUAUGACAUUUCAAGCCUUGUAAUGGACUCUUCUAAUUUUACAAUAACUAAGGUGGAUGAUAGGUACAUCGACCCGGUGGAAUGUCAGAAACGGUGGCAAGGCUUGAGGGCUAGCUUCACCGUAGACAGAUCAAUGCAUUGUGUGGUUGUCAAAAGAACAAAGGAAGAUACGUGUCUCCGUACAUUUCAUGGUGCAUCGCUCCACUCACUUCAGACAAUCAAAUCGUUUGACAGACACUUUCUGCGCGGUUUUUCUGUAAUCCCUACAACAGAAUGCAUCACUUACCAUCCCGUAGUUUAUAUAAAUACCGAUGCCUAUUUCGAUUGGAUACUGGAAACAAUGGAGCAGCCAGGUCUCUCAUUCGAUCUGCACCAGGUUCUGAUUUUUAGUGACAAAUAAGCCAUUACUCUCUCGUCAGCAUCGGGAUAAAUACUACACUUUUGAUACAAAUUGUAAGUGUAACUAAACUAAAAAUAAUAAAAAUAAUGAAGAGAAAGAAUUAUUUAUGUUCGCCUAAGCUGGGAUAAUAGUUUGUGCAAUAACUAUUGGAAACAAGAAAAGAGAAAAGCUAUAAAAUAAACACUUUAAAAAUAAAUUUUAAAUGA